CCUCUUUCUCCUCCUCACAGUUCCCCUCCCUGCGCCAUGUCGAAAGCACACGAAGAGUAUCAGUAUCUGGAUCUUAUUCGACGCGUCAUCGCGACUGGGGAGUCCCGAGCCGACCGUACCGGCACUGGCACCCUUUCCAUCUUCGCGCCGAAUCCGCUUCGUUUCUCUCUCGCCUACAACACUCUACCUCUCCUGACCACGAAACGAACUUUCUUACGUGGCAUACUUCUCGAACUUCUUUGGUUUAUACGGGGCUCGACCGACUCGAAGCUGCUCUCGGAGAAGGGCGUGAAGAUAUGGGAUGGUAACGGGAGCAAGGAGUUUUUGGAGAAACGUGGCUUGGGCCAUCGGCGAGAAGGAGACCUGGGUCCCGUAUACGGGUUCCAAUGGAGGCACUUUGGUGCCGAGUACACCGACUGCGAUAAGGACUAUACCGGGGAGGGCGUCGACCAGCUGAAGGAAUGUAUACGCAAAAUCAAGGAGGAUCCCACAGAUCGCCGGAUUAUCCUAAGCGCGUGGAAUCCGAGGGACAUCCCGCAAAUGGCGUUACCUCCCUGUCACAUGAUGUGCCAAUUCUACGUGCACCUCCCUUCCGCGCCUUCCGAGAAACCGAGAUUGUCCUGUCUCAUGUACCAGCGCUCUGCCGACCUCGGCCUCGGCAUUCCGUUCAACAUCGCGUCCUACGCCCUCCUUACGCAUAUGGUCGCGCAAGUCACAGGGACCGAAGCGCACGAAUUGAUCAUCCAGCUCGGCGACGCGCACGUUUACAAGGACCACGUUGAGGCGUUGCAGAAGCAGCUCGAGCGCGAGCCACGCGCGUUCCCGAAGUUGAAAUGGAAGAGGGAGGUGAACGACAUCGAUGAGUUCGUGGCGGAGGACCUCGAGGUGGUAGGGUACGAUCCCCAUCCUAGUAUCGCGAUGAAGAUGAGUGUUUGAUCGCGCUUGUCAUGUGUCUGGUGGGUGAUCUAUGGAUGUACUAGAUGUGUUGUACGUUAUCGCUGUGAUAUUGAGUUUUAAUCUGCC